UGGACAGAAGCGGUGGAUGUGGUAUACUUGGACAGAGAGGUGGUGUGGACGUGGUAUACUUGGACCGAAGGGUGGCGGUGGGAUGUGGUAUACUUGGACAUAGCGGUGGCAGUGGACGUGGUAUACUUGGACAGAGGGGUGGCGGUGGAUGUGGUAUACUUGGACAGAGGGGUGGCGCUUGAUGUGAUAUACUUGAACAAAGGGGUGGCACUUGAUGUGGUAUACUUGGACAGAGGGGUGGCGCUGGACGUGGUAUACUUGGACAGAGGGGUGGCACUGGACGUGGUAUACUUGGACAGAGGGGUGGCGUGGACGUGGUAUACUUGGACAGAGGGGGUGGCAGUGGACGUGGUAUACUUGGACAGAGGGGUGGCAGUGGACGUGGUAUACUUGGACAGAGGGGGUGGACGUGGUAUACUUGGACAGAGGGGUGGACGUGGUAUACUUGGACAGAGGGGGGCGGUGGACGUGGUAUACUUGGACAGAGGGGGGUGGACGUGGUAUACUUGGACAGAGGGGUGGACGUGGUACUUGGUAUACUUGGACAGGGGAGUGGACGUGGUAUACUUGGACAGAGGGGUGGACGUGGUAUACUUGGACAGAGGGUGGACGUGGUAUACUUGGACAGAGGGGUGGACGUGGUAUACUUGGACAGAGGGGUGGGUGGUAUACUUGGACAGAGGGGUGGCGGUGGACGUGGUAUACUUGGACAGAGGGGUGGCUGUGGACGUGGUAUACUUGGACAGAGGGGGUGGCGGUGGACGUGGUAUACUUGGACAGAGGGGUGGCGGUGGACGUGGUAUACUUGGACAGAGGGGUGGCGGUGGACGUGGUAUACUUGGACACAAGAGUAGUGGUUAAUGAUUCAUACUCUGAAUGGUCUGGGGGUGUCAGUGG